GGGACAGCUCAGCGCGCCAUUGGGCGGGGGGAGCGAGGGCCGCCGCGCUGCGGCCCGCCUCCCGGCUCGGAGGUAGGCUGAGACGGGAGGGUCCUCGGCUAAAGCCAAAGGCGGAUCAAAGUGGUGGGACUCGCGCCGCGGCCGCGGAGACGUGAAGGCCCUCCGCACUCCUCCUCGGCAUCCGGGUCGGUGCUCGCCCUCGCUGUCCUGUCCCCGGCCCCAUGGAGAAGACGGAGCUGAUCCAGAAGGCCAAGCUGGCCGAGCAGGCCGAGCGCUACGACGACAUGGCCACCUGCAUGAAGGCCGUGACGGAGCAGGGCGCCGAGCUGUCCAACGAGGAGCGCAACCUGCUCUCGGUGGCCUACAAGAACGUGGUCGGGGGCCGCAGGUCCGCCUGGAGGGUCAUCUCGAGCAUCGAGCAGAAGACCGACACCUCCGACAAGAAGCUGCAGCUGAUUAAGGACUAUCGGGAGAAAGUGGAGUCUGAACUGCGGUCCAUCUGCACCACGGUCCUGGAAUUGUUGGAUAAGUAUUUAAUAGCCAAUGCAACUAAUCCAGAGAGUAAGGUCUUCUAUCUGAAGAUGAAGGGAGAUUACUUCCGGUACCUUGCUGAAGUUGCUUGUGGUGAUGAUCGGAAACAAACGAUAGAUAAUUCCCAAGGAGCUUACCAAGAGGCUUUUGAUAUAAGCAAGAAAGAGAUGCAACCCACACACCCAAUCCGCCUGGGGCUGGCUCUUAACUUUUCUGUAUUUUACUAUGAGAUCCUUAAUAACCCAGAACUUGCCUGCACACUGGCUAAAACGGCUUUUGAUGAGGCCAUUGCAGAGCUUGACACACUGAAUGAAGACUCAUACAAAGACAGCACCCUCAUCAUGCAGUUGCUUAGAGACAACCUAACAAGAGACUAACAUCCUACCUAAUUCAAGAACCGUAUCUACAUAUCUUCACGCACACAUGCUGCUUCCCUGUAACUUAACAUCGUUCACUCCUGUUUAACUCUUUGCAGCAUACAAAUUAUGGACAUCAGACAGUGCAGGAGAAGAAUGUGAUGCGGCAGAAGGGGCAGAGAACUAAGUGCAUACAGGGUGUCAUCCUUCUUCCCCUCAAGAAACCUUUUUACUCAUCUCCAUUCCUUAUUCCAUUUGGAUUUCCUAUAGCAAAGAAACCCAUUCAUGUGUAUGGAAUCAACUGUUUAUAGUCUUUUCACACCGCAGCUUUGGGAAAACUCCAUUCCUUGAUUUGUGUUUGUCUUGGCCUUUCUGGUGUGCAGUUACUGCUGUAGAAAAGUAUUAAUAGCUUCAUUUCAUAUAAACAUAAGUAACUUCCAAACACUUAUGUAGAGGACUAAAAAUGUAUCUGGUAUUUAAGUAAUCUGAACCAGUUCUGCAAGUGACUGUGUUUUGUAUUACUGUGAAGAUAUGAAAAUGUAGUUAAUUACAGUUUAAAGAGUGUUCUGCAUAACUUCCUGAUUUCUACAUUCCCUCCCUUACUCUUCUUCGGGGGUUUUCUUUCAGUAAAGCAACUUUUCCAUCCUCUUAAUAUAUUCCUUUUUGGUAGGAAUCCAGAAGUAUUAGAUUGAAUGGAAAAGCAGUUGACAUUUUGAGGCUGGAGGUCACAAAUUAAAAUGCCUCCUGUAUCAUAUAUGAUGGAGGUCUUGCGUAUCUGUGACAACAGGGAGUUUCCUCAUUCAUUCUUCAUUUGCUGCUGUUUAAGUUGACAACUUCCCUUCCCAAUAAAAAUUCACUUACACCUCC